AUGUCCAAGACUCUGAAAAAGAAAAACCACUGGACCAACAAAAUCCACGAGACUGUCCUUAGCAGGAACGCAGAAUGCGAGUUGGGGUUCGAGUUGAAAGGGGGAGCCGAGAACGGGCAGUUCCCCCACCUGGGAGAGGUGAAGCAGGGCACGCUCGCCUGUCAGACCGGCAGGUUGGUCCAAGACGAGCUCCUCCUGGAGGUUAAUGACACGCCGGUUGCCGGACUGACCAUUAGGGAUGUGUUGGCUGUCAUCAAGCACAGCAAGGAUCCCGUACGACUUAAGUGUGUCAAGCAAGGUGGAGUCGUGGAUAAAGACCUUCGUCAUUACCUCAACCUGCGCUUCCAGAAAGGCUCGCUGGACCACGAGCUGCAGCAGGUUAUCCGGGACAACCUCUACCUCCGGACCAUUCCCUGCACCACAAGGCAACCCAAGGAGGGCGAGGUCCCAGGGGUAGACUACAGUUUUGUGACCGUCCAGCGCUUUAUGGAACUGGAGAAAGGCGGAGCUUUGCUAGAGAGUGGAACGUAUGAAGAUAACUAUUACGGCACGCCCAAGCCUCCGGUUGAGCCCGCUCCCCUGCUGCUGAAUGUGACGGAUCAGCUCCUCCCCGGAGGCAGACCCAGCGCGGAGGGCAAGAGGAGGCGCAACAAGUCCGUCAGCAACAUGGAGAAGAGCCUGGAGCCGCCCGAGGAGGAGGAGGAGGAGGCGCCCGUCGUCAACGGCAACAGCGUCAACGGCGACGGCGUCGCCAUCACCCCAGAAUCCAGCGAGCAGGAGGACAAGAGCACCGAUCGCCCCCCAGCCCUCGACCCCGCCCCCGACCCCCCCACCCCCAGCCCAGUCCCCGCCCCCGCCCCCGCCUCCUCCCCCACCCCCGAGGAGGAGCCCAAAGAGGAGGCCCCGCCCUCGUCCCCAAAGUCACCCCCGAAACCCGAGGAGAACGACGAACUGGGUCCCCUGCCCGACAACUGGGAGAUGGCCUACACCGAGAAGGGGGAGGUGUACUUCAUCGACCACAACACUAAGACGACGUCGUGGCUGGACCCCCGACUGGCCAAGAAGGCAAAGCCGCCCGAGGAGUGCAAAGAGGACGAGCUCCCGUACGGCUGGGAGAAGAUCGACGACCCCAUCUACGGCAGUUACUACGUGGAUCACAUAAACCGGAGGACCCAGUUUGAGAACCCAGUCCUGGAGGCCAAGAGGCGUGUCCAGCAGCAGCAGAGCCAAGGCCUGCUGUACAGAGGUGAAGGCGGGAAGCCGGCGUUCACGCGGGACGCCUCUCAGCUGAAGGGGUCCUUCCUCUCCACGGCGCUGCAGAAGAGCACCAUGGGGUUCGGCUUCACCAUCAUCGGCGGGGACGAGCCGGAUGAGUUCCUGCAGGUGAAGAGCGUGAUCGCAGACGGGCCGGCCGCCCAGGACGGCAAGAUGAACACAGGUGAUGUCAUCGUCUACAUAAACGAGGUGUGCGUCCUGGGCACCACCCACGCCGACGUGGUGAAGCUGUUCCAGUCGGUGCCCAUCGGCCAGAGCGUCACCCUGGUCCUCUGCCGCGGCUACCCCCUGCCCUACGACCCCGAGGACCCGCCCCCGGCCCCGCCCCCGCCCGCCGGGCUGACCAACGGGCGCGCCGGCUAUGACGGCUACGCCGAGUACGCCUCGCGGGCCGCCCGCUUCCUCCAGGAGGCCGGCGACCAGCUCCUGGCCCCGCCCCUGGCCCCCGGGCACCUCCUGCACCCCGAGGGCCCGCCCCCGCCGCCCGACGACAGCGUCUCCAUGGCGUCGUCCGGGGCGACGCAGGCGGAGCUGACGGCGCUGGUCAUCGUGAAGGGGCCCGACGGCUUCGGCUUCACCAUCGCCGACAGCCCCGCGGGGCAGCGGGUGAAGCAGGUCCUGGAGACGCAGGGCUGCCCGGGCCUGCGCGAGGGGGACCUCAUCGCCGAGAUCAACGGGCGGAGCACGCAGGGCCUCAGCCACGCGCAGGUGGUGGAGCUGCUGAAGGACUGCCCCGUGGGGGCCGAGACCACGCUGCUCCUGCAGAGAGGGGGGACCGGUCACUUGUCUCCGUGGAAGACCCCUCCACAGGUUCUGGAGCAGUGGGAUCUGCAUGGGAGCCCCCAGACCGGGCGUCUAUUGGCCCACGGCGCCCCCUACCCCCACACCGCCCACGCCCUCCAAGAAGCCCUCGAUCUGAGCAUGCCCGACCCUUAUGACCUCUAUGAGAAGUCCAGGGCUGUCUAUGAGAGUAGGAAACCAGCAUUGCCGAGGACUGCCUUCCGAUUGGACCCCACGGGCCUGGAGUUCCAGGACAUCGACGUCCACCUUCGGCGGCAGAAAUCGGGCUUCGGGUUUCGCAUCUUGGGGGGGGACGAGGCGGGCCAACCCAUCCUGAUCGGGGCGAUCAUCGAGAAGAGCCCGGCGGACCGGGACGGGCGUCUCAGGCCGGGGGACGAGCUGGUGUCGGUGGACGGGGUGGCGGUGGCGGGGAAGACGCACCGCUGCGUCAUCGACCUCAUGCACGCGGCCGCCCGCAGCGGCCAGGUCAGCAUGACCGUGAGGAGGAGGGCGCCCCCUUCAGGCGAGCUGUGUCCGCAGAACGGCCGGAGCCCCGGCUCCGUCUCCACGCAGCACAGCUCCCCCCGGAGCGACUUCACCCUGGGCCCCUGCCCCAACCCCGCCGGCCCCGCGGCCCCGGGCCCCGGCGCCUCCCCCCCCGAGGGCCCGCCGCCCCCCGGCCUGCAGGCCAGCGACGUGGUCAUCCUCCGCAAGGAGAACGAGGGCUUCGGCUUCGUCAUCAUCAGCUCGCUCAACCGGCCCGAGACCAGCGCCACUAUCACUGUGCCCCAUAAGAUCGGCCGCAUCAUCGAGGGCAGCCCUGCCGAUCGCUGUGGGAAGCUGAAGGUGGGCGACCGCAUCCUGGCGGUGAACAGCCAGUCCAUCAUCAGCAUGCCGCACGCCGACAUCGUCAAACUCAUCAAGGACGCGGGGCUCAGCGUCACGCUACGCAUCAUCCCGCAGGAAGAGCUCAACAGCCCCCCGUCUGCGGCCAGCUCGGAGAAGCAGAGCCCCAUGGCCCAGCACCACAGCCCUGUAGCCCAGCCCGGCCCGGCCGCCCAGCCCGGCUCCGUGACCCAGCCCGGCUGCGUAACCCAGCCCAACCCGGUGACCCAGCAGAGCCCCGUCGCCCAGGUGACGCCGGUGGCCCCGGCGCCCGCCCCGGCCCCCCAGCUCUACGGCCACGACAGCAGCUACAGGUCCGAGGUGAAGGCUCGGCAGGACGUCAAACCAGACAUCCGGCAGCCCCCGUUCACCGAUUACAGACAGCCCCCGGUGGAUUACAGACACCCGCCAGUAGCAGACUACAGACAGCCCCCCACACUGGACUACCGACACCCCCCUCUACUCGACUACAGACACGCCCCUGACGCCCGCCAGUUCCCCAUCCCAGACUACAGACAGCCACAGGACUUUGACUACUUCACCGUGGAACUGGAGCGCAGUGUGAAGGGGUUUGGCUUCAGUAUCCGCGGGGGGCGGGAGUACAAAAUGGACCUGUUCAUCCUCCGGCUGGCUGAGGACGGCCCCGCCCUGCGCAACGGCAGGAUGAGGGUGGGGGACCAGAUCAUCGAGAUCAACGGCGAGAGCACGCGGGACAUGACGCACGCCCGCGCCAUCGAGCUCAUCAAGGCCGGGGGCCGCAGGGUGCGCCUGCUGCUGAAGAGGGGCACGGGCCAGGUCCCCGAAUAUGACGGCUCCGCCCCCUGGGAUGCUCGCCCUUCAGCCUCCCCAAGCCUGUCGGAAGUAGCCCCGCCCCUCGACACUGUUCUGACCAACCCAUCGCCUUCAUCUCACCCGGCCCCGCCCCCUGAGCCCGCCCAACCACUUCCCCCGGUGGGGGGGCGAGACCGAGGGCCGGAGCCAGGGCGGGGCAGGCGUGGCGAGAGUGGCAGGUCCACCCGCCGUCACCGCGGCAACCGCGCCGGCGCCAAGGGGGAGGGGCUUCCGGAGAGCCCGGGGGCACGGCGGGAAAAGCCCGACCCCGCCGAACUGGCCACGGGACACCACAACAGCGCCCCCGCCAGGGAGAAAAGGGAACAGCGGGCAGAGAAAAGCGGCAAGCUCGCCCGGAACGCGGGCAGCGGCCAAAGCAACGGGAACGCCCCGGAGAGCCGGGGGAAGGCCCAGCCGAACCACACCCCCAGCGGGGGGAGGGCUCCGGACAAGAAGGCCACGGUCUCCCCCGGGCCCUGGAGAAUCCCCGGCUCCGAUAGGCUGCCCGGCACGCUGCGGUCAGGGUCCUCCACUGUGAGCAGAUAA